CAGAUGAUGAAGGUCAAAACAAAUGUGUCUGCUGCUAAUAUGAAAUUUAAAAAAUGCGCGCAAUGUCCACAUUAUGUACAAUAUUGUAACUAAUUAUUUUAGAAGCUAAAUCAUACAUGGUCAAUGAAGAGUAGGCGGGCUACCAUUAUCAUUGUCUAGACGUGUUUUUGCGGUUUAAGUCAAACUGAGUUGAAAAAAAAAAAAAUCAUACAGGAAAAAACGUCGCUAUCCUGUGCCGGGAUUCAUCGUGCCAUUGAAUCGAAUUAAUGUACAGUUGUACAAUUAAUUCAAUCAAGUUUACAGGUCUAUUUUGGAAAAGUCAUCUAUAGAAAAGACGAAUUGUUAGUGGUGACCAAGCAUGGCAGAAGCUCAUCAGGCUGUGGCCUUCCAGUUCACCGUCACCCCUGAUGGCAUUGACUUACAUCUCAGUCAUGAAGCUCUUCGGCAGGUCUACCUGUCUGGUCUUCACUCCUGGAAGAAGAGAUUUGUCCAGUUUAAGAAUGGAAUUUUGAAUGGUGUAUACCCGGGCAGCGGACCAGGGUUCAUGCUGGUGAUGGCAGGGUACAUGGGAAGGGCUCAUUAUUUUAAAGCGGAUCCUUCCUUAGGCCUGUUCAUCAAACUUGGCAAACAUGUCCCAGUUAGUAGGUACAUGUCUCCACAAAAUCAGAUGUUAGUUGGGGGUAUCGCGGUGGGCACAGGUCUGUGGAUUGCCAUCAUAUUCACCAUGAGGAAUGUCUUGAAGGGCCUGCUGUCCUGGCAUGGAUGGAUGCAUGGCACCCGUGGCAAAAUAACCUGGAAAAUUCAACUGUGGCUUAUCCUAGUGAAGAUGUUUUCUGGCAUGCAAACGCCAAUGCUAAACAGCUUCCAGACCUCACUCCCUCACUUACCUGUGCCCUCUGUAAAAGACACAAUGAAAAGAUAUCUUGAAUCAGUCCGACCACUGCUGAACGAUGAGGAAUACCAAAGAAUGGAAAGUCUUGCACUGGACUUUCAAAAGAACCUUGGACCGAAACUUCAGUGGUACCUCAAACUGAAGUCUUGGUGGGCCACCAAUUAUGUAAGUGACUGGUGGGAAGAAUAUAUCUACUUGAGAGGUCGUGGACCAAUCAUGGUCAACAGCAACUACUAUGUAAUGGACUUUCUUUAUGUCUUCCCAACACAUCUGCAAGCAGCGAGAGCUGGUAACUCCAUUCAUGCCAUCAUGCUCUACAGGAGAAAGCUGGACCGGGCUCAAAUCAAGCCGCUUAUGCUUCAAAACACCAUCCCCAUGUGCUCGUCCCAAUAUGAGCGCAUGUUCAACACCAGUCGCAUUCCUGGCGUAGAAACAGACUCUGUUCAGCAUAUGUCUGACAGCAGGCAUAUUGUGGUGUAUCACCGGGGCCGUUACUUUAAAGUUAGGUUGUUCUAUGAUGGGCGGUUGCUGUUGCCACGGGAGAUUGAACAGCAGAUGGAGAGGAUUCUGGCUGACACGUCAGAGCCGCAGCCUGGGGAGGAAACCCUCGCUGCCCUCACUGCAGGGGACAGAGUGCCUUGGGCUUGUGCCCGUAAUGCCUACCUCAGACAUGGCAAGAACAAACAGUCUCUGGAUGCUGUGGAGAAGGCUGCUUUCUUUGUUACACUGGAUGACACAGAGCAGCACUAUGAUCUAGAAAAUCCUGUGGAGUCCCUGGACCGUUACGCUAAAUCCCUGCUUCACGGGAAGUGUUAUGACAGGUGGUUUGAUAAGUCCUUCAACCUGAUUGUCUUUAAGAAUGGAACAAUGGGCCUUAAUGCAGAACAUAGUUGGGCUGAUGCUCCCAUUAUUGGCCACCUCUGGGAGCAUGUGCUCUCAGUGGAACCUUUUAAGCUGGGCUACACAGCAGAUGGCCACUGUAAAGGAGAACUUCACCCCAAUCUCCCUGGACCUCAAAGACUGCAGUGGAGCAUUCCACCAGAGUGCCAGACUAUGAUUGCCAACUCUCUGUCUGUGGCUGAGGCUUUGGCUGGAGAUGUGGACUCCCACAUCAUCCCCUUCAGUGACUUUGGAAAGGGCCUGAUCAAGAAGUGCAAGACCAGUCCAGAUGCCUUCAUUCAGCUAGCACUGCAGCUGGCCCACUUUAGGGACAAAGGAAAGUUCUGCUUGACUUAUGAGGCAUCCAUGACACGUUUGUUCAGAGAAGGUCGUACAGAAACAGUGCGGUCCUGCACCGUGGAAUCCUGUGCAUUUGUCUGUGCCAUGGUCAACAACAUCACGAGAGAACAGAAACUUAAUUUACUGAAGCUGGCUGCUGAGAAACAUCAGCAGAUGUACAGACUGGCAAUGACUGGCAAAGGCAUUGACCGUCAUCUCUUUUGCCUCUACGUUGUAUCUAAAUACCUUGGGCAGGACUCUCCUUUCCUCCAAGAGGUGCUGUCAGAGCCUUGGAAACUGUCCACCAGUCAGACUCCUCUACAGCAGGUGGAGCUGUUUGACUUGGUUAGACACCCAGAGUAUGUGACUAGUGGUGGGGGGUUUGGACCUGUUGCAGAUGAUGGUUAUGGUGUGGCCUAUGUGAUUGUCGGGGAAAACCUUAUCAAUUUCCACAUCUCUUCCAAGCAUUCCAGUCCAGAGACUGACUCUCAUCGCUUUGGAAACAAUAUCAGACGAGCAAUGCUUGAUAUGCUGGAUCUGUUUCACCUUGACACAAUAGCCCCAAAGUGAUUCGAUUGAUGAAAAGAUUUUGCUUUUAACAACUCAUUUCGCACUAAUUAUAUUCUAUAUCGAGAAGUUUGAAAUAUGUUGUUUUGCAGUUUUUGCUUAACCUUUUUGCUUGUCGUCCUGUAUGUUUACUUGCAUGUGUGUUUGUGAGAUGCAGCAUAUGAAGUAGAGAAGUAGGGAGGGAGAGUGAGUUACUUAGAGGAAUCUUAUUCUGUGUUGUUUUAUGUGCUGGUGCCUUAACAUAUGUCUUACUUGAACAGUUCAGUGCAGGUAAUUUUAAAUGAAACAUUCUGCCAUUUGUAAAAGCAUUUCAUUACCAAGACAUAAGUUUACUUUUAGCACUCAGUAUACUUCGAUGUAUUGGACCUUAACAAACUGACAUUUCAAUAGAUGAAAAAUUCACUUGUCAAGGAGCAUUAUAAUAGGCUUGGCCUGGCUUCUGCAAUCAUGGAUAAAAUGUUGACCUCACAAUUCAAGCAAAAUGCAGCUCUCAGUUUGUGCUUUUAAUGCUUUUGAUUUGCAUUCUAAAAUUUCCAUAGGUCAAAUUCAUUAUUAAAGGCAUAGUUCACCCCAAAAAGAAAAUGUCAUUUACUCUCAGUAAUUUCAAAUGCAUAUGAUUUUUCAUUUGUCAGUGGAUAAUAAAAUUAAAUGUUGGGAAAAGAUGCAAUUAAAGUGAAUGGUGACUGAGGCUAAUGUUCUGCCUUAAAUCUCCUUUUAGUGUUCCACAGAGCAAAAAUAGUCAUAUAUGUUUGAAACAACAUGAGGGUAAGUCAUGACAGGAUUUUCAUUUUUUGGUGAACUAUCACUUUAGGUAAUGAAUGGAAAGAUGAGAUGAUACAGAUAACAGACAAUAUACCAAGUAUGUUCUCUUUAUGACAGAUUUUGUUCAUUGUUCAAAGGUCAUUUGAAAUGUUUGGGAUUAUAUAAAAGACAUGGAAUGUUAAUGCUCAUUAGUGGCUUUAUCAUGUUAUUUUACUUUUUAAUUUGAUUUCAUUUAUUUUCCCUUCAUCGCAUUUUAUCUUGUGUUCCCUUUUUGAGUGUUACAUUAUGAUUUUGGAAAAUCUUUCAUAUGUGAUUUUAGUUCCAGGAAAAGUGUGCAUGUAUUCAAAACUCUCUAGAACUGUUAUUUAUUGUAUACUUAUUUAAAUAUGUUUGAGUGUCAGCUAUUGUGAAUGCAAAGGCCAUGUAUAUUUUUUGAUUCAGAAGUUCAGAAUGAGCAUUAAGUAUAUACACCAAAACAUUAAAAUGUCAAAUGAUGUUUUUCCCCCUUUCAUCAAAUCUAGCCUGUGGUAGUUUUGUUAACAUUUUUUUUUAAAAGAUAAAAUUUCAUCCAGACAAACCA